CCCCCCCCCCCCCCCCCCCCCCCGCAAUUAACGCUGAGAGACUUCCACCGACCCUUCAACAAAAACAAUAAUUCUCACCCUGUCCCUCCGACAACCGAAACGUGGACACGCUUCUCUGUCUCUUUAUUUCAUCUAAUUUUUAUUUUCAACACUGUAGGGAUUCUACUCGCUUGCACCGCAGGAGGCGGUGAAUGAACCGAGGAGGCUGAUCCGACGACGGCGGUGGUGUCGUGGAGCUGACGGGGAGAUGGACCGGAGGAGGAGGAGGACGACUUGUUAGCCUGCAGAGACACCGACGACUGCUCCCCACUGGCUGGUGACACAUCACUACCCCCCCGGCAACAAUUCCACUCUUCAUUUCCUGAACGGAUAAACACUCAGAAAUCUAGAAGAAGAAGAAGAAGAAGACGCAGCCGCAGGGUUAAGUGAUGCUGCCGUGAGAGGAGAGGAGCUGGUCCACGAGAGGAGGCAGGGGACCACUUUCACUUGUUCCCUCCGCCCUCCAACAGACCGGUGGUGUGUUUCAAAUCCGGCUAAUCCGAGUGCCAUUCAGUCGGAUUGGUCGAAGGAGAGAUGAUCUAAUCUCAUCACCUCUCCCUCUCUGCCCUGCCUCAGUUCUUCUCCUGUCUUUCAUCAAGUGGCCACCGUCACAGGACCAUGCCGAGGAGGCUACUUAUGGAGGUGAUCGUCUCCCGGACUUUGUAGACCACAAGGUGAUGUGUGGACAAGUGCAGCCUUUGUGGACACAGAUGAGUCGCUGUAACCUUUCUUCAAUGCCGGAGUCUCCCCCCGUUUUUUAAUCCAAGAAUUUGACAUGAUCAGAAAUCUGAGUUAACGAAGCCUUUUUGGACCAAUCAAUCGGAAAAUGCACCACACCACCUGAUCCAUCCAGCUACUGAACUGCCUUCGGUCGCAGAGGCUUGGGAAGUGCUUUGCCUGCAACCUGGAACAGUCUGUGCACAUGAAUCGCCCACCUUCCGUCUGAUGAUCGCUGACCCCUGUGUGUCGGAGAUCCACGGGACCACAUUUCAGGCUGUUAACCUGUCAGCGGCUCCUCCAUCCGAAUGAAGCAGUAGCCUUUCAUUCCCCUGAGCUCCAGCGAGUACAGGGGGCCGCGCUCUGCUCUGCGCCUCUGUACCUGGGCUGCCAGCCAACCAGACGGCCCUCCGGGGGGUGUGGAGGGAGCCUGGGUUUUUGAAGGUCCCUGCUGGAGAUUUGGGAGUUACCCAGAGUCUUCUUCACCACGUGGGCCACCGGAGAGAGGGAGGAGGUCACCAUGGGGUGCUGUAGUGGCAGGUGUACCUUGGCCUUCAUCUGUGGCAUGCAGCUGGUCAGCGUGUUGGAGCGUCAGGUGAUAGACUUCCUGGGCUACCAGUGGGCUCCCAUUCUGACCAACUUCCUCCACAUCAUCGUCGUCAUCCUGGGCCUGUUUGGCACGAUUCAGUUCAGGCCGAGAUACGUCACUGGGUACGCAGCCUGGCUCGUGGUGUGGAUGACCUGGAAUGUUUUCAUCAUCUGCUUUUACCUGGAGGUCGGGGAUCUGUCCAGAGACUCUGACCUUGUGCUGACUUUUAACGUGUCCAUGCAUCGCUCCUGGUGGAUGGAGAACGGCCCCGGGUGCAGGGUGACACCCAUCACCCCUCCCCCCUCCUGGGCACCCGAGGACCACCGGUAUAUAUCUAUAUCUGGCUGUCUGAUGGAUUUCCAGUUCAUAGAGGUGGCUCACUCCUCGCUGCAGAUACUGCUGGCUUUGGUGGGGUUUAUCUACGCCUGCUAUGUGGUCAAGCUCAUCUCUGAAGAAGAGGACAGCUUCGAUUUUAUAGGAGGGUUUGACUCGUAUGGUUACCAGGGACCUCAGAAGACAUCUCACCUCCAGCUACAGCCCAUGUACAUGUCGAAGUAAACCCAGGAUAUACUCCAGAAGUGCUGCCUUACCAACCACCACUGCUUAACGUCCUGCUUUUACUACUCCAACUGUUUUUUAAUGAACAACAACUGAGACACAGUCAAGUAGAUGGGAUAUGAUGACACUAAAAUAUCCUGUGAUUCAUCCCACACGUCCCCCCACUACAUGGUCGGGCGGCUUCCCAGAUCUGCCGUCUGUUGCUUUUAAUGCAGUUAGGUCUGUUCCUGGUGAAACACUGGCCUCGUGUGGUUGAACGUUGUAACCGCAGGAUUGUUUUUAAUUUUUUUUGUCUGACUCUGAGGGACGCUAUCUGGAGCCAAUGACUCGCUUCGUCUUGUGCUGUUGGACAUCUGCACUGUGAAAGAACACAUGGGGGACGUGGAGAGUGAACGUCUCCCUGGCUUCGAGUGAGAACUCGUGGAUUUCUGCUGUCAGAGAAACAUCAACGUGGAGCCCUGUCCCUUCACGCUACUGCAGAAACCAGUCGCUUGCUCAAUGUGUUGUGGUUUUCUUAACAGCUCUCAAGCGCAGAAAUGCCAGACCAAAGAGUGUAAAGACCCCAGAGACACAUCCCCCCGUGUACACUAUAGAGCCUGCUUAACCGUCUCUGGAACUCAUUUGCUCAUCGUGCCUCAUUGAUUAGACACUGGACUUCAACUAAACUGACCAAGCAUCUCCUGAGAAGACGACCGAUCAAGGAAUGUCAGACUUCAUUUUUAUCUAAAAAUACGGUGCAUUUGGGUGAGAGUGACAGCAAAGAUAGAGGCUUGAUAUAAGUAUAGGCUGGACGUGACACACGAGUUACACACCACACAUUUUACUCUGAACGUUAAGCAACAGUCUGAUGUGAAUAUUUUACAUAAAUAUCAUCACACGUGCAUGUGCACAGGGAGCAGACACAUUCACAUACACACAACCAGGCACUGAGAAGUGCAUAUGUGAACACACACACGCAUGCAUGAUAUUCACCAGAUAUACACCCACGCAACUUUUUUAAAUACUAAUGUGAAUCUUUACAAUGUUUACAAGAGGAUUUCCAGACAGAAAGACUGAGCACUAACUCACCGGUGCUACAGACAGAGAGACAGACAAGACUGGGAGACAGACAGGAGACUCAAGAGAGACACUUGUCUGCCGCAGCGUCCCAAUGGCAAGUGAGUGUCUUCUUCCAUAUUAAUCCAGACAGGACAAUUGUUCCAGAUGUGUAUCUUUGGUCUCUUGCCGUCGCGAAAUAUUUUGUCUUCCAACCGAGACAGACAGGUAGAGGGAGAUAGAGACAGAACAUGACAGGGAAAACAACCACAGAGGAGCGACUGAGGUCAGGCAACAGUUUCCCAUCCACCUCCGUCGACUCUUGGAGACACCACACACCCAGCUCUUUCAGCAGGCAAGGUUGCCCCCCCCCCCCCCCCCCCCCCCCCCUUUGAAUUGUAUUUUUUUUAAAUGCUGGGAGCCAGAUAAAAUGCCCACUCAGCCUUAUUGUCUGCAGCAUGCAGCUCUUUUUCAUACCAGAAAUAGUUCAAAAGCAGCCAAAAAUCUUCCACAGGCGAUGCUUACAGAGAGAGAGAGAGAGGAGAGACACACCUUUUACACAAAUGACAAUCACAGUCAAAGUGGCCUGAAUCUUGUCAUGGAUUGGCCUUUUGUAUCUUCAAAAGUUUGAGGAGAAGCUGAAAAGUGGCAUCGUCAUCAUGUGUGAACAGAGUAGCCUCUUAACUCUGACAAUUAUCUGAUGAGUUAAUUAUUACUGUUUAACAACUGGUGAGGGACGAAGCUCGGUGAAAGAAAGGAAAGGGAAACGACUCGGUAAACAUCCACCCUCACCUGCAGACUAACAAGGACAAAAAUAAUAACCAGAAAAAUGUCAGAGACUUAGCAGCCAGCCCCCCCCCCCCCCCCCCCCCCCCUCCUCCUUUCACCUCUCAACUAGAGUCUUACUGUUGAAAGUGCCAACUGAAAAACACCACAUGGACAUAUGGAUGUCACUGACUGAGACCAAAAAAUAAUGGGCCUCAGGUUCACUUUUUCUCUGGUUCCCAUGUAAGAAAAAUAACGAGGAUAUGUCAAAGACAAAAAACAAAACACAUUUUUGCUUUCUGGCAUAUUCUCUGUUUCUGUUUCAUUCUGUUCAGGAAAACAAAAAGGUUCCUUCUGGAUAUGUGGCUAGAACAAGUUGCAUUUGAGUUGCGCUCACUGGACCAAAGGUUUGAGGCCUUCACCGUUAACAGAGGGGAUAAACAGUGGCUGUUCCUGAUGGACUAACUAAUUGACCGUUUCCCGCAACAAACUGAUCUCAAAGACCACCUCCCCCUGCCAGUUAUCUUGAGCAAUUUAUCUUUUCUUUUUUUUUUUUUUACUCAAACUCUGUGGGUUACGUUCAGAGCCGCUGCCCCACGAGGCUCCACUGACGCUCACGCCGGAGGACAGAAACAACAUGUUGUGUGUUUGCAUGAGGUGUUUCCAAAACUGUUGCGUAUUUAAUCUCAUGCUGCGUGUGACUAACUAGCUACUUAAAAUGGGAAUUGUUUGGUUUGUUGAAUGCUCCUCAGCUCUCUUCGAAGAGUCCUAAAUGUGAACUUUGUGAUUUUUCUAUAAAUAACAGUCGGAAAUGUCUGCCAAGUGAACGGAGAAAAACAGCUACUGCAGUGUAAAACGAUGAAAUGUAACUUUGAACUUCUAGACGUUUUUUAAUAACAUGUGGCCGUGUUUACUGUUUUUUCUAGUUGACUACUAAUGUAUGAUGUUGUGUACAAGUGGGACUACUAUGUUUUAUUUCUUCUAAUUGUACAGUUAUUUGAAACGAGAGGGUGAAGAGGAGAAUGGGAGGACAGAGAAUUAGUUGCACUAUAGUCUAUGAUUCUUACAUUAAACGUUCCGUCAAGGCUGGAAAUUCACUUUCACUUCAGCACAUAGUUAACAUUUAUUGAUUUAUAUUUAAAAUUGUUAAACACACAUUGCUUUUUAAUAAACAAAAUCACCGAAAAUGGAAGUGUCUUUCUGGAAAUCAAAAAUUUUGACAUGUGAAAAGGGUCACAUAUAUUAUUAGAGGCUCAAUUGACAAAGACACUAGUUUGUCUGAUAAUAGCUAAAUACACUAUUUGAAUUGAAAGUGAAUUUAUUUGUUAAUUUAUUUGUCUAAAUGUAGUUGGAUCGAUUUAACAUUACCCGGCACUGUGGAAUAAUUGUCAACCUAACCGAAGAAAAUAUAUACACCAAAACAGAAUUUCAGAUAUGUGAUGUGACCCGUGUGUGUGUGUGUGUGUGUGUGUGCGUGCGUGCGUGCGUGCGUGCGUGCGUGAGAGAGAGAAAGAGAGAGAGAGACCACAGUACAUUAUUUUUGUCUUGGUGAACUAAACAGAACUUGACCCAGAACCUGCAAAGCCACAACCUGCCCUGAACUCAAAUCUCUACUUAAACAUUUAAUCAAGCCAUUGUAGAGUUACACAAUCUAUCCUAAUAUAUAACUACUCCAUUCUGACGCUUGACAGUUGUGGGAAUAGUAUAGACUUACAGUUAUUAAUAUCGUAUUGAGUAUCAAUAAUUGGCUAGUUGUUCAAGAAGAUUUGCAUUUGAUAAGAUGAAUUCAGCAUUGUCGCCUAUCCUUAGCGCCAUCAGGUAUUAAAGAACCCGAGGUUUUCAGGGUCUUAAAGUAUUGUCAUUGAUGUUUUUACAAUUGGUUUAAUAUGGGAACACAAAUGUAAAGGGCAAACAAUACAAGAGGACCUUCGCCAGCCUCCUGCUGGUCGGCGCUCGAGCCCUGAUAAGUAUCAUGUCAAUAAUCCCAGUGCAUGAUUACGUAAGAAUUUCAAGCAAGCAAAAACGGUGGGACCAAUUGCAGAACCAUGAGGUACUCCACUACCCAACUCAGCUACUUUAUAUAGCAGGAUGGUGGCUAUUGUAUAUAUUAAAAAUGCAUUUCGUUUCAUAAUUUGUGAAACAGCAUAUCCUUUCAUUUAAUCUGGAAUGAAUUAUGGGAGCUCAGAGAAAACAUAAGAGAUAAUCAUGACACAUUAAGAAACUACCACACUUUCCUCUGUGGCUCUGGGCUGAUCUGUUAAUGUUCAUCACUGACUUGAGCCAUCUAUGUUGAUUUAACCCAUUAUCCUUUUCUGAUGGUUCCCCACAGGUAACUUGACUGUACAUAGAAUAGACAGUUGGGAAUAAAGUAGACCGUGAAGAA